GCUUGCAACUUGCAACGCGGAUUCUCGUCCAUCUCUCUCCCCCCUCUCUAUACUCCCUAGGGCUUCGUUGGGUCUUCUCUCAGAGCUAAGCGAAGCGAAGGGCGGGCCGAGGAUCACCUCAUCUUGAUAUUCUUUUGCUGUUGUGGUAUGGAAAUUCGAUGCGCUUAGCCGUUCCUUGUUUACGUGCUGCGUCUUUACCGUUCCUGUUUCCUGCUUGGUAACCUGUGAGAUGAUUGUUGGGACGUCAAGUGCUUUUGCUUGAAGAUGUCGGAGGAACUGGAGCACCGCUGCUUUAUUGGUGGACUUGCAUGGUCCACGUCUGACAGAGGUCUAAAAGAUGCCUUUGAAAAGUUUGGCCAUCUUCUCGAGGCUAAGGUGGUGGUUGACAAGUAUUCAGGCCGCUCGCGUGGAUUUGGUUUUGUCACCUUUGAUGAGAAAAAAGCAAUGGAAGAAGCCAUUGAAGCUAUGAAUGGCUUGGAAUUAGAUGGGCGAAAUAUUAUUGUUGAGAAAGCACAGCCUAGCCAAGGUUCAGCAAGAGAAGAUCGGGACCGUGGCAGGGACCGCGAUCGCUAUGGCGGUGGGCGUGGAUCAAACGGUGGAGAUUGCUUCAAGUGCGGCAAGCCUGGACAUUUCGCCAGAGAGUGUCCUGAAGAAGGGGGCAGAGGAGGAGGCAGGUAUGGUGGAAGGGAUGAUAGAUAUGGAGGCGGUGGGGGAGGUGGAAAGUAUGGACCUGACCGAAAUGGGGAUAGAUCAAGCGGUCGGAAUAGGGAUUCUGGGAGUCGUGGAGGCUCAGGAAGUGACCGAUACGGUCGGGACCGCUCUGGACCUUACGAACGCCGGAGCUCUGGUGGUUACCGCUGAGGGUAUAAUGACUCUACAGUCACUGGUUAGGGGCUGCUGAGAGACGGGGCUGCUGCUGUGUCUUCAUUGGGGGACUGUUGAAGCAUCUGAAGCUAUCCUUGAUGGGUUGUCCUACUGGAUAUUGAUAUAGUUGAUCAGUGUCUGAAGUGCAAAAAUUGGAUAUGAGAUUCGACUGUUUGAUACUCCCGAUUUUGAUAUUUCGAUCAGAUUCUGGUCUUCUGCUGCUUGUGCACUGCAUCUUACUUUCCUUCAGCCAGAUUAUCGAUGAUCUUGAAUGGGGCAUUUUCCUGACAAAUGUUUGGCGGGGCUGCAGUUCGUUUUUAGUUAAUUCUGUCUUUAUCUUUUUGUUCAUCUCAUUCAGGAAAACAAAGGCGCUGUUCGUGUUCAUACAAAUCAGAGUUUUCGUUUCUUUCUUACA